AUGCACGUGGCUGAGUCUCUUCUGCUUCGUCCCCAUCGAAAGGACUUAUUGGAAGACAUAGUGACCGGAGAUGAAAGCUGGGUGCUUUACGUAAACCAUACGCGUAAGCGCCACUGGACUGCGCGAGAAGAGAAGCCACAUACGGAGCCUAAAGCAGACCUCCAUGAGAAGAAGGUUUUAUUGUGCUGCUGGUGGGACUGUAGUGGAAUGAUCUACUGGGAGCUGCUUGACAGUGGCACUACAGUGACGGCCACAGUCUACGCUAACCAGCUGCAAAAAGUGGCCGACGUAAUGCGAGAACUACGCCCGAAAAGACUCAAUGUCUUCCUACUUCACGAUAACGCGCGCCCGCAUGUGGCCACCGAAGCGCGUCAAAAAAUUAUGGAACUAGGAUGGGAAGUACUGCCGCAUCCGGCCUACUCACCAGACCUAGCGCCCUCUGAUUACCACCUAUUCAGAGCACUAAAGAACCAUCUAAGCGGCAAAAAAUUUGAUGAACGUCGUCAAGUCGAAAAUGAAAUCGACCACUUUUUCUCGUCGCAGCCACCAGAAUUCUGGAAGAGAGGGAUUGAGAAGCUACCCGAAAGAUGGGCACAAGUUAUAGAUAAUAAUGGUGAUUAUAUUGUAGAUUGA